AGGAACCCAUGAGCCCUGACCUGCCUGUGCGGGGCAGUACGGUGCAGGGCAGUGUAGGGCAGGGGGGGGGGGGGGGGGGGGGGGGGGGGGGGGGGGGAGGGGGGGGGGGCGGGGGGGGGGGGGCGGGGGGGGAAACCGUACCAGUGAGGAGGACCGGGGCCGGGGCAGGGACGAGCGCAGGGGCCGGGCCGGUGCAACGGGGCCGGGCGGGCGCGACGGGGCCGGGUGGGCGCGACGGGGCCGGGCAGUAGCCUCUGUCAAUUACUGAUAU